AUACCUAUACCUAUGUUGUGUAUGACUUGAUUAAAAUGUCAUAAAUCAAUAAUUCCCAAAGAAUAUACAAUUGCUACCUUUUAAUAAUAAUUACCAUUGAGUAUUAACACGAUAGUAUAGGUUAAUUUUUUUAUAAUAAUAUAACUAAACGACAUAAUCGAAAAACUUAAAUUAAUAAUAUGUUUUUGAGUUUGAAAGUUGUUGUUGUAUUUGGAUUUUGAAUAGGUACGAGUAAUUAUAACUGUACUUGUGCUUAUUUCCCAAAAAUAAUUUCAAUAAACAACAAUAUCUAAGAACAUUCCAAUGAAUCAACCAGGAACUAGCUUUAGCGAGAGUCUUUCUCCUAAUGUAACUGUGCAAGAAUGCGUUAGAUACAUACUUUCUCGAGAAGGCAGUAAAAUACCAAUUAAACAAGGUGACAUAAGAAAAUAUUUAGAAGAAAAUUAUGGUGUAUCUCGUAAUCUUUACAAAAAUAUUAUAAUUGAGGCUAACAAUGUAUUAAAAAAUGUCUAUGGUUAUAAAUUAGUACAGAUAGAUGCAAAGCAAUCACAAUACAUAGUGGUACUUAGUGAACCAUGUACCAACUCAUUGUUAUCAUCUUACAGUAAUCCACAAGACAGAAAACUCUUAAUUGCAGCUUUAACUCAUAUAUUUAUGACAGGAACACCAAUCAAGGAAGAAAACAUGUGGAAGUUUCUCAGUGAGGCACAAUUGAUGAGAGAAAAUGAUGCUGAAAAGAAAAAACUUUUAACAAAAACAUUCACCAGACAGAUGUACUUAAAAUACACAAAGGGUAGACAAGAUAUAUGGUUUUUUGAAUGGGGACAACGAGCUGAAGAAGAAAUACCUAAAAUUUUCCUUCUAAAUAAAAUGGCGGAGGCAUUCAAUGUAGAACCUGAAUAUUGGACAGAACAAUACAAUAAGGCGACGGGAAAUGAAAAUGAUGAAGACAGUAUUGAAUAAAUAAGUUUUCGUUAA